CGAGAGAGCGACAGAGACGGCGAGACGCGCGAGCGUGCGGAGCGGGCGACCUUUGAAUAAACGACGCGUACGUUUAUUAUUAUGUGAUUGCGGAUUGCGCGCAGGUUCACGGCAUAACGAAGCGGACGACCGGAAGAAAGCUCAAGGAAAAUGCGGAGCACCGACGUUUUCUGCUUUCUCAUCGUGGCGACUCUCGCCGUUCUGUUGACGCUCGGUCGUGCAGAGAGCAACGAUGAUAUACGCACAUUGAAACCGUGUAACACUUCGGAACUCACCGAGCAGUGUGGUAAAAACCAGAGGUGCAGUGUAGUCAGCAGUGGCAAACAGCUCUGCCAGUGCCAACGAGAUUUUAAUUUUGUUAAUGGUGAAUGCAUUAGGGUUUCAUCCACGACGAACGUCGACGUUACCACCCUCAAGCCAGAGCAGAGGUCCGAGUCAGGAGGUAGCUCCGUAGCCGCUGGUCUACUAAUACCCACCUUCCUCAUAGUAGUUGGUAUACUACUGUACUUCGGGGCGAGACGGUACAAAUGGCUACAACGAUUUCGGCAGUAUCGUCACAAUCGUUAUGGUAAUGUCAUAGUCACGAGAGAUGACGAUGAUGACGACGAUCCACCGAUAGCGUAAAAUGUAAGAGAGAAAUUGUAAAGAUGACACAGGCUGCGUGUUCCAAACAAUCGAACUUGAAUAGGUGCGGUGUAUGCUUGUGUGUUGACAGAACGUACACAGUUACGAGGCUGUAGUGUGGACUUUGAUACGGGAAUACACACAUAUAUAUAUAUUCGGUUGGUGACGUUUGUUUUGAUUCCUUUAGGAAUCGUUACCACGUAAUUCCGUGCAAGUAUCAGCAGGGAAGUACAUCUAUUAGGUGCACAAGAGGCGAGAGACGAAAAUGAAUUACGAGGCCAAAUGUAAAGAUGCACUUGCGCGAGUAAUUAUGCUUUUAUCAUUAAUCCGAAGAUAGAUUAUAUUAAACAUCGAUUAUCAAAUCAAUGUC